AGCAAUACACAAUCAGACCUGCGAGUGUGGGUUUUUGCAAAAGCGGUGACUUUAACCGGACAGCCAGCUAGCUAGCUAGUUAGCUAAUCGGCUAACGGUAAUGCAGCUCAGAUUCCGAUUUUGGCUCUGUGGCGCGCCGCGCUGACUGAAGCCAUGGCCCGUCUGAGAUAACUGAGCGGUGUCCUAGCGCUUAGGCACAUCGAUUUAACCAAAUAAUUGUUUCUUUAGAAACAUGCCAUUAAACGUGAUGAAAAGACGAUAUUUAACCUUCUUAUUAGUACAUCCAGGCUGAGCCCCCCACCAACAAGUCUCUGUCCAGCCUGGUAGUCCAGCUGCUCCAGUUCCAGGAGGAGGUGUUCGGUCGACAUGUCAGCAACCCUCCACUCACCAAGCUGCCAAUGAAGUGUUUUCUGGACUUCAAGUCAGGAGGGGCUCUCUGCCACAUCCUGGCUGCUGCCUACAAGUUCAAGAGUGACCAAGGAUGGCGCAGGUUUGACUUCCAGAAUCCGUCGAGGAUGGACCGAAAUGUGGAGAUGUUCAUGACGAUAGAGAAGUCCUUAGUGCAGAACAACUGCCUGACAAGGCCUGUCAUCUACCUGAGCCCUGACAUUGAGCCAAAACUGCUUGGAAAACUGAAAGACAUCAUCAAAAGACAUCAGGGCUCAGUAACUGAGGACAAGGCCUCCUGCUCUUACAUUGUUGUUCCUAUUCCCACCAGUCUGGAGGAAGAGGAGUGGGUGCGUCCUGUGAUGAAGAGAGAUAAGCAAGUGCUGCUCCACUGGGGAUAUUUUCCUGACAGCUAUGAUACCUGGAUCCCAGCCAGUGAGAUUGAGGCUGCAGUGGAGGAUCCUCCCAGCCCAGAAAAGCCCCGGAAGGUCCAUGCCAAAUGGAUUUUAGACUUGGACCAGUAUAACGAGUGGAUGAACGACGAGGACUAUGAAGUGGGUGAGGGCUGUCCGAAGAGGAAGAGGAUCUCAGCCAAGACCCUGACAGAUGAAGUGACCACACCUGACGAACGAAGGGACAAGAAGCCCGGCAGCGCCAAGAAGAGGAAGCGCUCACCUUCGCCCUCCCCCACCCCUCCGCCUCAAGAAAGCAAGAAGAAGAACACCAAAAAGGGGCCUACGACUCCAUACACAAAGUCCAAACGGGGCCAGAGGGAGGAGGAGCAGGAGGAUCUCAGUAAGGACUUGGAUGAAGCAUCGCCCGUUCCAGCAUCUGAAGAGGGAAACCCAGCCAAGACAAAUAACACCAAGAAGGAUUCUGAUUCAACUCCAGUCAAAGGAGGAACAGAUAUGGAUGAGCAAGAGGAUGAGUCCAUGGAGACAACGGGCAAGGAGGAGGAGGAGGGCUCUCCGAGUGUGAAGGGCGAACCUGUGAAAGGCUCGGACCUUCAUGAGGACAAUGUUACUGAGCAAACUCACCACAUUAUUAUACCGAGCUACGCUGCCUGGUUUGAUUACAACAGUGUUCAUGCUAUUGAGCGCAGAGCCCUGCCAGAGUUCUUCAAUGGGAAGAACAAGUCCAAAACCCCUGAAAUUUACCUGGCAUACAGGAACUUCAUGAUCGACACCUACCGACUGAACCCUCAGGAGUACUUGACUUCGACCGCCUGCCGCAGAAACCUGGCAGGAGAUGUGUGUGCAAUUAUGAGAGUCCACGCCUUCCUGGAGCAGUGGGGUCUGAUUAAUUACCAGGUGGACUCUGAGAGCCGGCCCACACCCAUGGGUCCCCCACCCACCUCUCACUUCCAUGUGCUGGCAGACACUCCCUCCAGCCUGGUGCCCCUGCAGCCCAAGACAUCCCAGCAGACCCCUGCUACCCAGCAGAUGAUGUCCUUCCCGGAUAAAGUGAAGGAUAAACCAGCGGAUCUGCAAAACUUUGGGCUGCGGACUGACAUGUACAGCAAGAAGACCAGCUCUGCAAAGAGCAAGAACUCAGCGAGCUCUAUGAGAGACUGGACAGAACAAGAAACACUACUACUACUUGAGGGCUUGGAGAUGUACAAGGACGACUGGAACAAGGUUUCUGAACACGUGGGCAGCCGCACGCAGGAUGAGUGCAUCCUGCAUUUCCUGCGACUGCCCAUUGAAGACCCUUACUUGGAAGAUAACUCCUCGUCCCUGGGACCACUGGCCUACCAGCCGAUACCUUUCAGCCAAGCAGGAAACCCCGUCAUGAGCACGGUGGCCUUCCUCGCCUCCGUCGUUGACCCGCGUGUGGCCUCGGCUGCGGCCAAAUCUGCUCUGGAGGAGUUUUCCCGAAUGAAGGAGGAGGUUCCUGCGGCACUUGUUGAGGCCCACGUGCGGCGGGUGGAGGAGGCAGCGAGGGUCAGUGGCCGACAGGACCCGCUGUAUGGGCUGGAGGGUAGUGGCAUUGCUGGCACCGGCCUGGAGGAGGGAGACAGACCUGAUGAAAGCAGCGAUGAAAGUAAGAGUGACAGCCAGUCAGGUGAAGAGAAGAGGGAGACCAAGGACAGCAAAGAUGGAGCGAUUGAGGAAGAGGAGAAGCAGGCAGAGAAUGGAAAGAAGGAAGAAGAAAGAGGAAGAGAACAAGAAGGAGAGAGGGAAGCGGACAAAACGGACUCAGAGAUGGGUGAUGGGGAGAAGGAGAAGGAUGGAAAGGAAGGCCCAGAGGAGGGGCAGAGAGAUGCAGAGAGUGAAGGAGAAAGGAAAGCUAAGGUGGAGCGGGACGUGGGAGAGGGGAACCUGGCCACCGCUGCUGCCUCUGCACUCGCCGCUGCCGCCGUCAAAGCCAAGCACCUGGCUGCAGUGGAAGAGAGGAAGAUCAAAUCUCUUGUGGCUCUGCUGGUGGAGACCCAGAUGAAGAAGUUGGAGAUUAAACUGCGACACUUUGAAGAACUGGAAACCAUCAUGGACAGAGAGAGGGAGGCUUUGGAGUACCAGCGUCAGCAGCUGCUGGCUGACCGUCAGUCCUUCCACAUGGAGCAGCUGAAAUAUGCUGAGAUGAGGGCCCGCCAGCAGCACUUCCAGCAGAUUCAGCACCAGCAGCACAGCCAGGCCAGCGGCCCUCAUUCCAGCCAGCCCACAUCAGGCCCUGCACCACAGGGCCAGAAUGCAACUCAACCAGCUCCCAGCACACCAGCGCCACAGCCGGCCCCAAGCCCUGCGCCUCCAGCCUCUUCUGCCCCACCCCCUGAGUCCCAACCGGCUCAGGGCGCUCACACCUCGCCCCCCUGUCCGCCAGGCCAGGCCCCAGCUGCCCACUCCAGCUCCAGCACUGCUCCUGUACUCCAUGAGUCCUCCGCCCCUCUUCCAGGGGAAACACUCCACCCCUCAGCUCCGGUCCCACCUUCACAGUGAGAAUCUGAAUGACUCUGCCCACUUUGAAUCCUUCCUGAAUCAUCUGAAAUGAAGAAGUCAUAAACCCUAAGAAAGAGAACACAUUUUACAUGUUCAGCUUUUUUUUUAAUUAUUAUUGUUUAAUCUUCUUUCCCCAAGGGGACAGCUGAUGUGAGGAAAAAAAAAAAAACAUCUAUAUCACACCACCUCUACGUUGGCUGUCUAUUGAAAAAGAAGUCGAUCUCAAAUUAAAUCUGCCAAUGAAGAAAGCGUACUGAAGCCGUUCAUGCUACCAGAAACACCUCGCUUCAUUCUUUUAAAGCUUAACGCCAGACAUCUGUUACACCAAGAGGGUCUUACCAACAUGCUGGUACUCAAGAAGCAGAAGAGGCAAGACUCACCUUGUGUUUUCAGUGUUUUGGAAACUGUUGCUUUUAUUUUCAAGUCUCAUGCUUCAUAAGUUCUCCAGAGUACCCCUCCCCCGACCCCCAUUGUACUGUAGGUACUGAUUGAAAACUAUGUAAAAUGCACUUUUAACAUGUUUCCCGAGGUCUCAUUGAAAGACUUGAAGCAUCCCUGAAAUUGAACUUAUAUAGCACUUAUAUCGUCCUUUUGUUGUCUUAAAUACUUUUUCAUACUGAAGGUUUUGGAAACUUGAUUGGGAAUAUUACAUUUUCCUCUCUAUUUUUAUCUGUGCUACAUUGAGGAAGAGUUCGUCAGGUUGAAAAAGUUCAGAUUGGAAGCCAGAUGGGAAUUGGUUCGGUGCAGUUUGGGAAAAAUGUACUGUAAUCUGGAUUUUCUGUUACCUUUUGUUGCUCUGUAAUGAUAAUAUUUGAAAGUACUGACAGCAUGAGAUCAUCAUCCUGAGAUGAGAUCUUUAAAUAUAUCUCUUUAAUGUCCCUCCUUUCAACAGCACUUAGAGACAAAACAUGUCCGUGAGGAGCUUCAUGUUUUGCAAGUCUGGAUGAAGUCAAAGCGUCCAGGUGGUAGUUUUGUGAGGAAUGUAGUUUUGUUUGAAGAGGAAUAACUGAAAAAGGAGGUCUGGGAAUAAUAAUUCCACCGGUGACCACAUUCAGUAUGUAUUUUAUUCAUGGUUUGAAUUGUGUUAAUUGCUAAACCAAAAUGUUUUUUAUAAUCAUAAUCAUGUCCUAUCAAUUUUUAUAUUUUUUACUGUCUGUUUUUUUUUUCAUCUUCUUUCUUUGAUAUCUCAGCAUUGUACCUGUAUAUUAUUUGUAGCCUGUAUUUACCCUCUCCACUGUUGUGUAUGAUUCGGGCAGGGCUGUGAGAGCUGCCUGAGAAGUGACUGUGAGCAUGCGUGUAUGUGAACGCAUGCCAUCGAGAUCUGUAAACCACAUUUGCCGUUCAGUUCUAUUUUCAGUGCCAUUUCCUGUCACAAAGACUGAAGAAUAUUUAAAAAAAAAAAAACAAGAAAAAAAAUGCUGUGUUCCGCACACGGCACAUCAU